GAACCAGGUUGUUCUCUUCCACAUCACAUCCAAGUUUUACUAUGCCAGAAGAUCACGACCGCGGACCUUUGCGCGACGAGCGUCACCGCCCCUCCAGACACGAUGAUGGUGGGCACCGUGACAGAGAUCAUAGAGAACGUGCGGACCGUGCAGACAGAUACGGCAGACGAGGAGAUGACAGGCGAGACCGCGACAGGGAUAGAGAUAGAGACCGAGGAGACAGAGACCGGGAACCACAUCGAGAACGAAAAGACCGUGAUAGAGAUAGGGAACGUUUUCGUGAUUAUGAAGAUCGUCCCCGUCGGCCUCACCAUGACGAAGACAGGCGUAGAGACCAUCGUCCUCCGCGUGAUGAUGAGGGAGGCAAAGGGGAACGUCGUGGACGCGAAAGCGGUAGAUCCAAGAAAGAAGGUUUGGGCACUCCGGAGCGAAGAUCACCGACACCUGAAGGGGCUAUCCCUAUUUCCCAGCGACGACGCAAAGCUUCUGGUUGGGAUGUCCACGCUCCUGGCUACGAACAAUACACGGCAAUGCAGGCCAAACAGACAGGCCUUUUCAACUUACCCGGUGCUAACCGAACUCAGAUACCCCCCAUCUUGGGUAUACCUGGCCUUCCGCCACCUAUGCCCGUUCAGACAUUUGGUAUGGGUCUAGGUAGCAACCCUAAUCUAUCUCGACAAUCCCGCAGACUUUACAUUGGAAGCAUAACACCCGAAGUCACUGAACAAAACCUGGCCGAGUUCUUCAACCAGAAGAUGGCAGAGAUGAACAUUGGCACUGGCGCUCCUGGAAACCCAGUCUUGGCCGUGCAAUGUAAUUAUGAGAAGAACUAUGCGUUCGUCGAGUUCCGAAGUGCUGAGGAUGCUACCUCAGCAAUGGCCUUUGACGGUAUCAUCUUUAUCAACGGGCCCCUCAAAAUACGCAGACCAAAAGAUUACGGAGGAGAUGCUGUGGCUCAACCCAACGUCCACGUCCCAGGGGUCGUAUCUACUAACGUCCCGGAUUCCGUGAACAAAAUAUUUGUCGGCGGCCUUCCUACUUAUCUCACAGAAGAAAAUGUCAUGGAACUUCUAAAGAGUUUUGGAGACUUAAAAGCCUUUAACCUGGUGCGAGAAAAUGGUAACGGCCCGUCAAAGGGCUUUGCUUUCUUUGAAUAUGUUAAUGACGAAGUUACCGAAGUCGCCAUUCAAAGUUUAAAUGGGAUGGAAUUUGGUGACCGUUAUCUGGUCGUUCAACGAGCAUCUGUUGGCGCGAAACCUGGGACACCUGGAAUGAUCCCCAACCCUGAUAUUCCCUAUGAUGAAAUGCCCGAAAUUCCCCGCCCCAUCAUGCCUGCAGGAACAGAGCAGAACUCAAGCGCACGAAUCCUCCUCAUGCUGAACAUGGUUACCCCAGAAGAUCUCGUAGACGAUAUGGAAUACGGAGACCUUUACGAAGACGUCAAAGAAGAAUGUUCGAAUUUUGGCAAAUUGGAGGAUCUACGCAUUCCGCGACCAAUUAAGAAAGACAAGAAGUGGGCACCCGGAGAAGGCAUGGAUCCACAAGCAGCAGCUCGUGCGGACGAAGCUGCUGGUGUUGGGCGUGUGUACGUCAAAUAUGUCGAUGCUGAAAGUGCUUCGAUAGCUCUCAAAAGUUUGGCUGGGAGAUCGUUUGCAGGCCGGUCGAUUGUUGCGACGUUAUUGAGUGAGGAGAGCCAGACCACUCCCCCGUUGAACUUAAUCUUCGCACCCCAGCCAGAAGCGCCGCCCCCAUUACCCUCUUCAUAG